UCGGUCAGGCGGAUGUUGUUGAUGUGCAAACCAGCUGCAAACUUUCCUCACUCAAUCACUAAAGCUGCUGCAUUAAUCGGCCUCUGGUUGCCAGAUCCUCUGUCAUGAAAUCCUCCUGAUUAAUUGACAUGUGUUGGUAAAAUGGCCGCUGAGCUGUUUCCUGCCAAAAAACUGGCCACUGUCACACCCACCGCUGUUCAACAGUACCAGCAGCAGAACGUCCGCAACAACAACACCAUUCAGGGAUGUAACUGGCAAGGCUUGUAUCCCACUAUCAGAGAGAGAAACUCAGUCAUGUUCAACAACGAGCUGAUGGCCGAUAUUCAUUUUGUGGUGGGACCUCCUGGAGGAACCCAGAGAGUGCCGGGACACAAGUAUGUCCUGGCUGUGGGUAGUUCUGUAUUUCAUGCCAUGUUCUACGGAGAACUGGCUGAAGAUAAGGAUGAGAUCCGGAUCCCUGAUGUUGAGCCGGCGUCAUUCCUGGCCAUGUUGAAGUACGAUUUUAUGUCUACUGAUGAGAUCGACCUGUGUGCAGACACAGUUCUCGCCACGCUGUACGCCGCCAAAAAAUACAUCGUUCCCCACUUGGCCCGCGCUUGCGUCAACUUCCUGGAGACCAGCCUGAGCGCGCGAAACGCCUGCGUCCUGCUCUCUCAGAGCUGCCUGUUCGAGGAGCCCGACCUCACGCAGCGCUGCUGGGAGGUGAUCGACGCGCAGGCCGAGCUCGCGCUCCGCUCCGAGGGGUUCUGCGACAUCGACGCUCAGACUCUGGAGAGCAUCCUGCGGCGCGAGACACUCAACGCCAAGGAGAUGGUGGUGUUGGAGGCGGCGUUGAGCUGGGCGGAGGCCGAGUGUCACCGACAGGAACUCCAGCCCAGCAUCGAGAACAAACGGCUUGUUUUGGGAAAGAACAUCUACCUGAUACGGAUCCCGGCGAUGGCGCUCGAUGAUUUCGCCAACGGCGUGGCGCAGUCCGGCGUGCUGACGCUCAACGAAACCAACGAUAUCUUCCUGUGGUACACAGCGGCCAAGAAACCGGAGCUCAAGUUCGUCUGUAAACCACGCAAAGGGUUGACGCCGCAGAGGUGCCACCGCUUUCAGUCCUGCGCCUACCGCAGCAAUCAGUGGCGAUACCGCGGCCGCUGCGACAGCAUCCAGUUCGCCGUGGACAAGCGCGUCUUCAUCGCCGGGUUCGGGCUGUACGGCUCCAGCUGCGGCUCGGCCGAGUACCAGGCCAAGAUCGAGCUGAAGCGCCAAGGCAGCGUGACGCUCGGGGUCGCCAUCAUCAAGUACUUCUCCGACGGCUCCAGCAACACCUUCCCCGUCUUCUUCGAGUACCCGGUGCAGAUCGAACCCGACACCUUCUACACGGCCAGCGUGGUUCUGGACGGGAAUGAGUUGAGUUAUUUUGGCCAGGAGGGGAUGACGGAGGUCCAGUGCGGGAAGGUGACCUUCCAGUUCCAGUGCUCGUCGGACAGCACCAACGGGACGGGUGUGCAGGGGGGUCAGAUCCCUGAACUCAUAUUUUAUGCUUGAGAGAGCAUCCUGUUCUGGGGUGCGUUUCCCAAAAGCAACUAUGGUCGCAGGUUCCAUCGUUACCAAU